UAAAAAUUAUUUAAUUAUUUUUAACUGUUACAAAUUUCUUAAGAUCACCAACUUAAAUUUAAGAACUUCCAUUUUUUUUCUUCGAAGCCUCCUGCAUGGGAGUUCAGCCUUAAUCUCCUUUCCAGUAAGAUAAAUGAUUUGGUUGCACCAGGGGAAAGGGAAAGGGUGUUUGUGGCGAGGGUAAUAAAAAAGCUGGUUAUUGAUGAUUUGUCUAUAGAUUCAAAAACAUAGCAGCAUCUCCAAGGAGCUGCUGUUGUUGAAAGUCAUCUUGUUGUGCGAUAUGAGUUAUGGCAGAGUGGUUGGGUUUACCUUAGUAUGUUCCAGUCCUGCACCCACUCUCAGCUUCACAGGUGUGAGGAGGGUAUGGGGUAAAAUGCACAAGCUUGGAGGUAGAGUUAGAGCCAGAGUUGUGGACGACGCUUUACCCCAGCGCUACUACGAUGACGAGUGGCAGGCAAAGCAACGUAAAAAAACAAAGGAAUUGCAGAGGAGGAGGAAACAAGAGGAAGCUGAGGAGGAGAAAAAAGUGGAAGAGAUGCGAGAAAUUGCUUCUCGUUUUAGUGGCUACCCAGAAAAAGAAAUCAGGAGGGCCAAACACCUGGUUUCAAAUUUCAUAAAGUCAGGUGAAGAUGUUGAAGAGAUGAUAGUGGAAGCUGCUGACAAUGGAGAACUAACAGAUUUAGUUUUGUUUGUCAUAUGGAAUCGACUAGAUCUUGCUCAUCGAGAUGUGGAAUCAAGAGACACCAUUUUAAAAGAGGACCAAUGACUCAUGGUUCUAAAAGUCAUAGAGAGUUGGGAUCAAUUGGUGCUGGUACAACUCCAGGACGUGUUUACAAAGGCAAAAAGAUGCCAGGUAGGAUGGGUGGUAAAAAGACUAAGAUUCGUAAGCUGCCAAUAGUCAAAAUAGACAUGGAUCUUCAGGCAUUAAUGAUAAAAGGGGCUGUUCCUGGAAAGCAAGGGAAUCUUGUUAGAAUCACACCAGCAAAGAUUUUGGAUAAAAACAUACCAAAAAACUAGACAGCUUUUCUGAAUGUUUACAGAAAAAUGUGAAUUGAACUGUGAACUUUUUCAUCUUGCCUGGGAAGAUGGCCAUAAAUAUCUAUGUGAUGUCUCAUUUUAAUGUUU